CACUAAAAUAAAAAUAUAAAUAAAAAAGAUUUUAAAAACUACGCUGUAUUUUUGUCAACACUUCUGAUUAUUGGAAGUUUUGAGAACAGUUGCCUCAAAAAUGGGUCAAAUAUCAUUUGAAGAUGAUUGCCUGGUCCGCGAGCUGGAUAGUCGAUACUACGGCUUUUUGGACUUGUCCAGUCCAAAAAACGCGGAUUUAAGGACUCUGGUUCAACAGACUAUAACGAAUCUACAAAAUUACAUUGCCAAUGGGAAAGUUCAAGAAACGCAGAGCACAUGCGAUAAUAAAAAUGCUAUACAAAAGUAUGAGUCCUCAAAUGUAGCAGGUGAACAUAUGGAAAACAAUUCUUCACAAAAUAAUGAAGACAUCAAGCCGUUCGUUAAAGAAACUAACGACAAGGAUGAAAAAACCCAUGACGAACAAUACGUUAAUGCUCUUUGUAAACUUGGUCACCUGCAUCUACUUCUCGGUGAAUACUCUGAAGCUUUAUCCGCAUAUCAAAAGUAUUUACGAUUCCGAGAAAGUAACUACUGGACAAACCAUGCAUUUAUUUAUGGAAUUGGUGUCGCCUAUUUUAAACUUCGGUGCUUUAAAUGGGCCAUCAAAUCAUUUCAGGAGCUUUUAUACUUAAGUCCCAACUUUGCAUGUGCAAAUGAAGUUCAUUUGCGAUUAGGUCUUAUGCUAAAACAUUGCGGGGAAUUCCAAAUUGCCCUGAAACAUUUGCAAUUGGCGCUGCUUUACACAUAUCCUUCGACCUUUUCAGAACUUCAGGUAAAAUUUCAAAUCGCGCACUUGUAUGAAGUUCAAAACAAGCAUAAGGCGGCCAAGGACGGCUAUGAAUUUCUUUUAAAUGAAAAAAACAUCUCAUUAGAACUUAAAGCAGAUGUUUAUAGACAGUUAGGAUGGAUGUACCAUUGCGUAGAAUGCCUAGGCGAAAAAAAGGAACGUGAAGCUAACGCAUUAAACUUUCUACAAAAAUCAAUUGAAGCUGAUCCAAAGAGUGGACAAUCAUUAUACUUACUGGGAAGGUGUUAUGCCGGAAUUAAUAAAGUUCACGAUGCCUUCCUAGCAUACCGCAACUCGGUGGAAAAGAGUGAGGGGAAUGCAGAUACUUGGUGUUCGAUCGGCGUUUUAUAUCAACAACAAAAUCAACCGACGGAUGCCCUUCAAGCUUACAUAUGUGCUGUGCAAUUGGAUAAAGACCAUAAAGCCGCGUGGACCAAUCUGGGAAUACUUUAUGAGAGCUGUGGUCAAUUACGAGAUGCCUAUGCUUGCUAUUUAAAUGCAACCAAACAAAUAUCAUUCCAGAAGUCUUCAUUAUUUCGAAGAAAACAAGCAAUACGCAUGAAAAAGGACACAAUCGGACUGUCGAAAGGUUUGUCUCAGAGAAUAUCGUUUUUAGAGGGCCAGCUCAGCCAAGCACCAUUGCCAAGUAUUACAUCGAAACGCCGCCAACUGUGUUCAAUUGAAGAAGCUUGGAAUCUGCCAAUAUCAUUAGAAAUGAACUCUCGCCAACAACAAACAGCGCAGAUGCUACCAAGACAAAUUUCAAAACAAAGUCCAAUACAGGGCCCUCCGCCACCUUAUCCGCACAGCCAACUCAGCCAAAGCCCAAUACCUGCGAAACGUAUUAAGGAAGAUGGCUCAAGCCAGCAAGAAAUAAUUCAAAACAAUGUUCAACUAUCUUCACAACUGCAUCCAAACCUAAUAAACAUUUCAGAUUCUUUAAACCAACGCAAUUUCAACGCCAUGCCGGAAGGUAACAAGACUUCGGAACAGAGUGUUGUAGACACUUUUGAUGACAUCUCGAAUGAUAUUUAUAAACAAAGUGAAACUAUUAAACUUGAACGCUUAAGCCAUGAUGCGUUGAGUAACAGUGAAGACUCACGGCACAAUGAUUAUAAUGGAGGUGGCGCCUCCGAAUUGUCGACCACGUUCAAAAUACAAAUGGACUCAAAACAGUUGAUGGCAGCUGUAAAGCUGCUGCCGAUCGACGAACCGCCUGUUCACUGCACUGUGCUGCAAGUGAAUGCGCCCCCGCCAUCUCCGCCCGAUUGCCCACCGCAGAAACUCACGAGGGAUCAGCUGCUGCCUCCCACUCCCUCGGUUCAUUUAGAAAAUAAGAAGAACGCGUUCAGCCCCCAGUUGCAGGAGUUUUGCCUGAAACACCCGAUUGCCGUUGUACGCGGUUUGGCGGGCGCCCUAAAACUAGAUCUCGGUCUCUUUUCGACCAAAACGCUGGUGGAAGCCAAUCCCGAUCAUAGUGUUGAGGUGCGGACGCAGGUCCAUCAGUCGCCCGAUGAAAAUUGGGACACUUCGCAGGGCAAGCGAGUUUGGGCCUGUAUUUCCCAUCGGUCUCACACCACAAUAGCCAAAUAUGCCCAAUAUCAGGCAUCAAGUUUUCAAGACAGCCUUAAGCUUAUUUUACCGCAGGAUGAAAGUGACAAGGUCUUUCCGGGCUCACAGGUGAUGUCGGACUCGGACUCAAAGGACUCGGUUUCAAAUUCGAAUAUUAAUUUAAAGCGUAAGAAACACAAAAUAAACAGCAAAAUGUUAAGAUUCGGAACCAACGUUGACCUCUCCGAUGAAAAGAAAUGGAAGCCACAAUUAACAGAGCUACAAAAACUGCCAGCUUUUGCACGAGUUAUUUCCGCUGCCAAUAUGCUUUCUCACGUGGGCCACGUUAUUUUGGGCAUGAACACCGUUCAGCUUUAUAUGAAAGUGCCCGGAAGUAGGACGCCUGGCCAUCAAGAGAACAAUAACUUCUGCUCAAUCAAUAUCAAUAUCGGUCCAGGGGACUGUGAAUGGUUUGCCGUCCCAGAUGCCUACUGGGGCGGAGUGCACAACCUGUGUGAGAAGAACAACAUCAGCUAUCUACACGGUUCGUGGUGGCCAGUCCUGGAGGAUUUAUACAAAGAGAAUAUUCCAGUGUACAGGUUUAUUCAAAAACCCGGCGACUUGGUUUGGGUGAAUGCUGGAUGCGUACACUGGGUGCAGUCGGUAGGAUGGUGCAACAAUAUUGCGUGGAACGUCGGUCCAUUGACUGCCCGUCAGUAUUCUCUUGCCAUCGAGCGAUACGAGUGGAAUAAAGUGCAAGCAUUCAAAAGCAUUGUUCCAAUGGUUCAUUUAAGUUGGAACCUUGCUAGAAAUAUUAAAGUAUCCGAUACCAAACUUUUCGAACUGAUCAAGAUGUGUUUAUUGCAAACAUUAAAAAAUGUGUUGCAUAUACAAGAGUAUGUUAAAUCGAAAGGCGUGGAGAUACGUUUUAAUGGCCGCGGAAAGAAUGAGGCCUCCCGCUAUUGCGGACAAUGCGAGGUUGAGGUAUUUAAUGUGCUCUUUAUUAAGGAGCAAGAAAAACGACAUGUUGUUCACUGCCUAUCGUGCGCCCUGAAACUGUCUCCGUCGCUCCAGGGGAUUGUUUGCCUGGAAGAGUAUCAUUUGUCGGAGCUGCAGCGCGUGUACGAUUCGUUCACUUUACACAGAACCCAAGGACUAGCAUACACUCAGUAGUUGUAAUACAAGAAAUCAUUUUUAAUAAUGCAGAUUUAAUAUAUGUAUAUUUUACAACGUAAAACCUA